CCUCUUCAAUGUUCGAAUUCCUAACGGCUAAAUGUGCCGAUUGUUUUUCUGAGGCAGAAAAGGGGGAGACUACAGAAAGAGGCGGUGUCGUGCAAAUGGAGGAAACAACAAUUGCAACAGCUAUGUCAGAAUCAUUGCAAAGGAAGCUAAAUGUUUCAUCUCCUACAUCAUCCAUACAGCAACUGCAGCAACAAUCACUAGAUACAUCUAUAGAACCUAUGGCUCCAAAAGAUAGUGGGCUUGACAAAGAUAAGGUUGCUCAAGACUUUCGUGAUAUAAAACGACCAACUGUUAGUCCACAAAAUGAUGGUUGUACAGUUCCUAUAAUUCGGUUGAUACAUUAUGAGGAUAAUAGCUACGCUUUAAAGUGGAUUUUAUUUGUCAACGAAGAGAUGAAUGACCCUCGUACAAUGCUUUCUGAACCUGGAGAUGUAGAAGUAGAUGAGGAGGAGCAGCAUAGAAAUGGAUGUUAUGAUUAUGUUGAUGAUGAGGAUGAGGAUGAAGAAUGUUAUGAGAUAGAUGAAAAUUAUGUUGAAGAUGCUGAUGAAGAUAUGGAAGGAGACAACCCUGAAAAUUUUGAAGAAGAAGACAAUUAUAUAGAUUUCUCCAAAAAGUAUGAUGAUUAUGCUGAUGAAUACAAGCCAGAUAAAAGUGACUUUCAAUACUUGGGUUGAAUAUUGUUUCUUAUAAUUGGUGAGAGGUGUCAAACAUGUCCUUGAAUUUCUAACAAUUUAGUAUUGUUGCACUGCAUUGAUUUUACUUAUGGAAUAUGCUUUUCGUAUUCUAGAUCAAGAAUUCAAUGGCGCCAGAAAUAACCUUCUUUUUCCCUCCCUGCAAAGGUAGCGUAAGGGAGAGAUUAAGGAAUUGAUAUGAUUGGCCCCAGAUAAUGGGAACAUAGAAAGAAAUAUGAAAGAGGGUGUUUUUUUUUUUUUUAAUUUUUUGAAUAAGGAAGAGUAUGUAAAGCUAAAGCCAUGAGAUUACUAGAAUGGUACUAUAAAAGCUUUUAUAUAUAGUCGUGGUAUAAUACGACAGGCAUGUGACUUGUUAAAAGUUAAGUUGUUUUGUACUAUUUUACAGACACCGACUGUGGGUUUAGAGGGAAAGAGUAUAAAAAAGAGGCUGGACGUUCUACUAAACAUGCAAAGCUUUUGUUA